AAUGGAUCAGAGUCUGCAAUCCAAGACUUCCACACAUUUAGCAAACUGAACUUGCUUCGAUAAAUACCUCUCGUUUCAAUUAAAGCUGCCCAUCCCACAACUGCCUUUCAUAGCUUUUCCUUGUUAAGAAAAGAAAAAAGAAAAUCCAAAAAUGACGUCCUUUCCAGCUAACACACAUUCAAACCAGUUCUUUUCAUUCCAAAUCUUGCUUCUCUUCUUCAUCAUCCUUUCAUUGGUCUUUCCUUUUCAUUGCACUGCCUUUUCUUCUUCUGCAACUGGGAAAGAAGUUGGAGAAGGGAUGGAAGCGGCGGCUCUCUUGGCAUGGAAAGCUAGCCUUGACAACCAAAGCCAAUCUCUCCUGCCAUCGUGGGUGGUCGGAAGCAACCACUGUGAUUGGAUUGGAGUUGGCUGCAAAAUGGCUGGCAGAGUCAUCACUCAUAUCGACCUUAAGAGUUAUGGUUUGAGAGGAAGGAUACCGCCUGCAUUGGUAGAGGCGACUCAACUAUCUAGAAUUGAUCUCUCUUCAAAUCAUCUAGUUGGACAGAUCCCAAAGAAGUUUGGAAGUUUGGUUUCAUUGUUCGUCCUUAAGUUGAAUGAUAAUCAACUAUCUGGUAACAUUCCUCCAGAACUCGGCCGCCUUGCAAACUUAGAGACUUUAAAUUUGGCAACUAACAAAUUAAGUGGCUCAAUCCCUGGAGAGUUAGGGCAUUGCAUAAGGCUAUUAAACUUGAGUUUGAGCAAUAAUAGACUUGGGGAAAACAUUCCUUUGGAUCUAAGUCAACUCCAUGGCCUUGAAAGUCUUGAUUUGGCUGAGAACUUGUUAUCAGGUAAAAUACCAGAGCAGAUAGGAGCACUGCAAAGGUUAGAAACGCUAAAUCUCUCGCACAAUGAGCUCUCGGGUUUCAUACCAUCUUCUUUUGAUAGUAUGUUAGCUCUUUCAUCAGUUGAUAUAUCCUACAAUAAACUAGAGGGUCCUCUACCCCACAUCAAAGCCUUUCGAGAAGCUCCAUUGAAUUCAAUCCGAGGUAAUAAAGGUUUAUGUGGUAAUGCUACUGGUUUGAAGGCGUGCCAACUUCAUGGGGUUUGUAGAAAGAAGGAAAAGAAAUUGAUGUUACCAACCGUACUUCCUAUCUUUGGAUUUCUACUUCUUUCCCUCAUGGCUCUCGGAUUUUUCUUGUCUUUUCAUAAGAACGUCAAGUGCACAACAAAAGAGCCAACACAAGUUAAUAAUGAAAAUCUUUUUGCAAUAGCGAUUUAUGAUGGGAAAGUGGUGUAUGAAAGCGUCAUUGAAGCAACUGAGAACUUCAGUGCCAAAUACUGCAUUGGGGAAGGAGGAUAUGGUACUGUUUAUAGAGCUACCUUGUCAAAUGGUCAAGUCGUUGCUGUGAAGAAACUCCACGAAUCAUCUGAUGGUGACUUGGUUAAUCAAAAGGGCUUUAUGAGCGAGAUCAGUACAUUAACCGAGAUAAGGCACCGCAACAUUGUAAAGCUUUAUGGAUAUUGCUCACAUCCAAGACACUCAUUUUUGGUUUACGAGUUCUUGCAAGGUGGAAGCUUGGAAAAGGUAUUGGGCUCCAAGGAAGAAGUUGUAGAGUUGAAUUGGAACAGAAGAGUGGAUGUUCUUGAGAGUUUGGCCAAUGCUCUAUCUUAUAUGCACCAUGAUUGUUCGCCUCCAAUCAUUCAUCGUGACAUAUCAAGCAAAAAUAUUUUGUUUGAUUUGGAGUAUGUGGCUCACAUCUCUGAUUUCGGGACGGCUAGAUUUAUGAAGACUGACUCUUCCAAUUGGACUUCGUUUGCAGGAACCUUUGGAUAUGUUGCUCCCGAACUUGCAUAUACAAUGGAAGUGAAUGAGAAGUGUGACGUAUACAGUUUUGGGGUUCUGGCACUGGAAGUGAUUAUGGGGAAGCAUCCAGGUGAUCUCAUCUCGCUUCUAUCAUCAUCAUGUUCAUCGUCAUCGUCAUCAUCAAGUGGACAUGGGAUUUUAUUGAAGGAAGUCUUGGACCAACGCCUAUCGCCUCCUACAAAUCAAGUGGCAGAACAAGUAGCGGUUGCUGCGAAAUUAGCAUUCGCAUGUUUGAACGCCAGUCCAAUGUCUCGACCAACCAUGCACCAAGUUGCUAGGAAGCUGUCAAAUCGGAGGCCGUCUCUGCAAAAUGAGUUCCACCUGCUUACGCUAGGAGAACUCCUUGAUACCAACUGCUUCACUUCUUGAGUUUCCUUCGAAUUCAGCCCUUGUGGAUUUUCCUCAACCCUCCAUUUUUUUUACUGGGAUUGUUCAAUUUCACUUUUGUAUGGCCUGCUUUCUACGAUCUUUUGUGCUUUGUUGAUGUUGAUGUUGAUUUCAGAUACGAAUCGUGUGAUGUAAAAUAGACUUUCAUCCCAAAAAUAAAUGACAUGUAGAAGGAAAGAAAUCCAACUUUUAA